CAUAUGUGUUCAAGUCAAUUUAUUUAUUUCGUUCGGAAUUGAUUAUCGUCUGCAAAGUGUGAUGAUUUUAACAUAAAAUGCACUGUACUGUAAUAUGUAUAGCUUUGAUGUUUGACUGAAUAUAUUUACGUUAUGUGUUUUGUUGAUAGUUGAUAAAGCAAUAUUGAUUCAGCUAAACGUUUCCUUUGUAAACCAAAUUGAAUGAUCUAAAGCAAUUGCAAAUAUUCUUGUGUUGAAAUCGAUUUGUAAGAAUCGCAACCGCAACAGAGAAAAAAACUCAUAAAGUGAAUUAAAGUGUAAACUGCUUGUGCAUAUUGUAUCUGCAUUUAACGAUUGUAUAGUGUACUGUACUGUAUGACAAUUUUCAUUCCACCAUUUGAUGGUAUGCAUUUUGUUUGUUAUGUGCAAGCGCCAGAACACAAUCUACCCAUCGUGAACGUUAAGUUACUAUAGCAACAUGCAACACAAUGUAUAAUUAUACGGCGAAGAAGUUUCGGAGGGUGGCAGGUUCAGCCUGAACUGAUAUUCCUCUACAUACAUGCUGUAUAUAUAUCUCAUUUAUGUUCUACAAUGUUUAUGUGCAUUAAGCCAUUUAUUUCUAUGCAUUUGUGGGGUUCAAUAAUCGAAAACAUCAGGGGAGAGAGAAUAGCAUUGUUUGUUUGAUGUUGAUAAGUGAACUUGAACUAUGAUUUUUUGAUGUUUGUUCGCAAAGGUAAUUUAUUACAUUUUCGGUGGAUUCUUAGUCAUUUUCCGGUAAUGUCAGUGCUAUCCAAACAUAAAUAGUAAAAUAAAGUGAUACAACUAUUAAGUCGCUGAAAUCAUGAAAUGACUCUGUCGCCAAUAGUUUAAUAUUUUAUGAUGUGGCCAGGUUUUGAUACUUUUAAAGUGCGAUUGGAUAGUCUAAGUCCUAGGGAUACAUUGGCCGAUGCUGAAACAGCUGAACAAAUAUCAAUAAUAGCUGGAUCCUUUAAAUCAAUUUCAUUAACACACGGUCAGGAAGAACCCAUUUAUGAUACGGACCAUACAGACCUGAAUUCAGACUUUGAUGAAUUAGAUUUGAGAGCUGAGUUACUCAAAGACAAAUGGAGAUUUUUAUUUGACAAGUUCGAUCCAGAAGGUUUCGGAGAAAUACCGGUAAACGAUUUCCUAGUUGCCUUAAAAUCACCCGAAUUUCAAUCGCAAGUGCCUCUAAGCAAACGUGAAUUGCUGUAUGACCGGGCCCUAUUAUCGGCUGAACCGAAAGGAGGAUCCGGAUCGGUUUCAUUUCAGGACUUUGUGAAUGUGAUGAGCGGCAAACGGUCGCGUAGCUUCAAGUGUGCCGUCCAUCAUCGUGAUCGCGAAGUUUGUUCCGAAAACGAUUUUCAUAUAUUUCUGGAACCGUCGCCAUUAUUUAGAAGAAUGGUUCAUGUAAUUGCAAUGGAAGUUUUACCGGAAGAACGGGACCGGAAAUAUUAUGCCGACAAUUAUUCAUGUUGUCCACCACCUCUGUUCGUAAUAUUCGUUACAUUAGUCGAGCUAAGUUUCUUCACUUAUCACAUACUAACAUCUGGCCACGCAGCUGAUCCAGCUGGUCCCGUCCCAAUUGAUUCGAUAUUUAUUUAUAGACCUGAUAAAAGGCAGGAAGUUUGGCGAUUCCUGUUUUAUAUGGUGUUACACGCUGGUUGGUUUCACCUAGGAUUCAAUUUAGUUGUACAAUUACUUGUGGGCCUGCCAUUGGAAAUGGUUCAUGGGUCUGCCCGAAUAGCUUGCGUUUAUUUAGCUGGUGUCCUGGCUGGUUCAUUAGGGACCAGUGUUUUCGAUCCAGAAGUAUAUUUAGUCGGUGCAAGUGGCGGUGUAUAUGCUUUGCUGGCUGCCCAUUUAGCAAAUGUUAUGUUGAAUUACAACAAUAUGCAAUAUGGAAUUGUUCGUCUGGCAGCGAUCUUUAUUUUCGCUUCUUGUGAUGUUGGAUUCGCUAUCUAUUCUCGAUACGCAGUCGAAUCGACAGCAGCACCGUCAGUUUCAUAUGUUGCACAUUUAACUGGUGCCCUGGCCGGUCUCACAAUAGGUUUGUUAGUGUUAAAAAAUUUCGAACAAAAAUUACACGAACAAUUACUGUGGUGGAUUGCGCUAGGUGUUUACGCUGCGUGUACAAUAUUCGCCGUAGUUUAUAAUUUAUUAAAUACAGUUACUGCACAGAGACUUGAAGAAAGUGAAGAGGUUAUCAAAGAGCAAUUAUUCCACGAUUUGGGCAUUUAAAGUAAUUUUGUUUUGCUCUGAUCUAAUUGUAAUUUUAUAGACGAUGUUUUAGUGUAAAUAAAUGAGUGUGUAUUUCAAAAAAGCUCCUGUCGAAAAACAAUUAUUUAAAUUGAGUGUGUUGAAAUUAAGUGUGAAACAAUGUGAACGAUCAAAAUAAACCAAAAAUGUGAGUCAAAAUUAUUUUGUCAGUCGAUAAUGUUUAAGAUCCCUCCGGCGUCUAGCUGAGUGUGUAAUAAUGGAGAGGGAAAAAAUGCAGUUCUAUUCGGUCAGUAGUAAUAAUGUUGUCCAAUCUAAAACAUAAAGAGUGUAAGAAAAAUGUUGCAUUUUCAUGUUUAAAGACAAACAAUUCGUUGUGGUGUAGAAACCAAAGACUGAGCACAUAAUUAGUUUUAAGCAAGAACCGAAUCAUACUAGAUAAAACGUCCAUUAAUCCUUACAGAAUAUACAGAUGCCCCGUCGAAAUAGUGGGUAAACAUUUUGAACGAAUGUCUACCGAUACAAAACAUAAUUACAGUUAGAAAUAAAUUUGCUUACCGGUAAACGAAAUACCACUUGCACUGGCUGUUAGUGACUUUUGCUAUACUGAUUUCUUUCAAGCAUUUGACUGAGACUUGACUUGAAGCAAUAAUUGGUUGCUUAUUAUCAAUUGCUUUCAAUUGCCAAACUUGUCACAAAUUGCAAAGUUCAACCUUUUACAGACGGCAGACAUACCUCCAGAAUAAUUAAUCGAAUCAAUUACUUCCUUCGAUCUUAGCAUUUUCAUCAGAUCAAAUCCAAAUUUUUUACUUCAUAAGUUUUCAAGUACAGUUUGCUAUAAAGAUUGCGCUGGACUGUCCAGCUAGAAAGCCAGUGCUUUAUCACUUCCCAGUUUUUUUCCUCAUUUUUUAAUUUUUUAUUUUAAUCAAAAAGUAUGGUAGUUUGUCAAUAACGAUGGCGUACAUAUCAAGGUCAUUUUUCGAAAUAUCGGGUAGAAUUCUGUAUAACCAGUAGUCAAUGAAUAAAACAAAAAUAAAAUAAAGAAAACAAUGCCAUCCCUUCAUACAAGUAAAGAAAAAUCCUUCCAAAUUUCAUCCGAUCCUUUAA